CAAACCUUACCACACCAUGGAUCGCGGCUGUGUCACCGAGAGGCUGCGGCGCAGCAAUUGACUCGCAGGGUUUAAUCGAAAUUAGGGAUACUACCUCUCUUUCAGCUUCCUUGAAUAGAUGUUAUCGAUUAGAUGACUGUCCAAUGGAAGUUUGUUGAGGUUAACCCCAGGGUAUCAUCCCGGGUAAAGGAUCUACAAUAGAGGUCUUGCUCUUCUUAUUUGGGGGUUUGGUCCUAGGUUUCAUCUUUCGCGCCGACAAAACGGGAUAGAAAACAAUUAGAACAUCAUGGGUCGCUCAACGGUAUUCGCCCAGGGGCUUGUCGCGCUCGCAACUCUAAGCGCGGCAUCUCCUGUGCCCAUUUCAAUAACUUCAUCAAAAAGAGCCGCAACCAACUCAACGGGUAGCAUUUCGUGGGGUCCUUGCUCAGACCAAUUUCCGUCCAACCUCACAUGUGCGACUUACACCGUGCCUUUAGAUUGGUCGGAUCCGAAUGGUAACGAGACGAUAGAAUUGGGCAUGGUGCGCGCCGAAGCCAAGGACAAAGACAACCGAAUCGGUUAUCUGUUCGUGAAUCCCGGUGGCCCGGGUGGUCAAGCCACUAGCCUGCUCGCUUCGCUCGCUCAAGAACCCGACCGCCUAGAUUCUCGUAUCUUGGACCGCUUCGAUAUCGUCGGGCUCGACCCACGCGGUGUUGGCAUCAGCACUCCUGUGCAAUGCGACCCCGCCGCUUUCAAUAAGCGCGUGGCUUACUUCCCCGAGACUCAGGACCAGUUCGACGAUCUCGUCGCAUACAACAAAGGUCUAGCCGAGAGCUGCCGCGCUAAGACCGGUCGUCUGAUUGAUUUCGUUGACACCAUCAGCGCCGUCAAAGACCACGAAGCCGUCCGCAAGGCACUUGGCGACGAGAAGAUCAGUUUAUUGGGUCUAUCGUACGGCACGCAACUCUUCAGCCAAUACGCCGAGCUGUUCCCGGAUAACAUUCGUGCUUUGGUACUCGACGGGAAUCUGCAGCAUUCCCAAAGCGAGUCUUCAAACUUGCUCAUCGAAAGCAACACAUACGAGACCACUCUCAAGCAAUUUUUCUCCUGGUGCGCCAACGCCUCUGAAGAUGAAUGCCCACUUUCUGGCCAAGACGUGCAAGCCAAGUAUGAAAGCGUCCUCGCCAAGGCUACUAAGUCACCCAUCCCAGCUUCAGGUUGCAACAACACAGACUGUCGUUCUGACGUGACAUCCGAAGACCUACGCUUCAACCUCCAGGGUUACCUGAUCUCAACCGGAUCGUGGUCAUCUCUCGCCCAAGCCCUCAUCAAAGCCGACGACGGCGAUGCAACCUUAGUCUCGCAGGCACAAGGUUUAGCUGUCGGUGACGCAUACGAGGACUCAUCGUUAUAUGCUGGCACCGCAAUCGCAUGCCAGGACUGGGACCACGCCUCAACAUCGCUCGCCGAUGUCCAAGCCAAAGCCACCCUUGGAUCUUCGCUCUCGCCUCUAACUGGUGGCGCGUGCCAAAGCUACAAGAUUCAAACAUCAUGUAUCGGAUGGCCGGCUCCCUUAUCUAAUCCGACGAAGAGGGUUACUUAUAAGGGAGAUACCAAAAUCCUCAUGGCGCAGUCUACUUAUGAUCCCUCGACGAGCUAUGCGUGGGGUGUAGGGCUUCAUGCUGAGAUCGGACCUGAUCGAUCUGUAUUCCUGACGCGUCGUGGCUCCGGACAUACGAGUUACUUGCUAGGUGGCAAUACGACGGCUGCGAUCAAUACGUAUCUCUUAGAUUUAACACUGCCAGAUCCAGGUACGGUGCUUGAGUCGUAAGCGAGACCAAGACGUGUGUAUUAGUAUGUGCUAUCAUAGAAGGCAAACAAGCGAGCGAGUUCAAAACUUCGUAGUAUAUAGAAGAAUUGUUAAAGUAUAUAUUCAUUUCUUAUGAUUU